AUGAUCACAGAGAUGGGGCCUGAGGAGGCGGUCGGUUCCGAAGAGAACAUGCAGUCUCAUCUGCACCACAUCCGCUACUUCGCCGGCCACACUGGCCGUUAUGGCAAUGAGUUUCUGGAGUUCGAUAUCCGCGACGAUGGAACCCUGAAGUACGGCAACAACAGUCGGUACAGGAAUGAGAAUAUCAUCAAGAAACAGGCCCGAGUGUCCCCGGCGGUGUUGGAGGAGAUCAAACGGCUCAUCAUCUCCUCUUCGGUUCUUGAGAGCGACGACGAACGGUGGCCGCAGCCGGACCGAAACGGGCGGCAGGAGCUGGAAAUUCACUUAGGCAACACCCAUAUCUCCUUGGUGACAAACAAGAUCACAUCUUUGAGUGAAGUUGAGAACUCUGACAACCCGAAGGGGCUGGAGACGUUCUACUACUUUGUGCGCGAUAUCAAGGCGCUGGUGCUGGCCCUUGUGUCGCUCCAUUUCAAAAUAAAGGCCUGCUAG